AUGGCCGUAAAUGCAACAGAGACCGACCUGAAGACAUUCCGCGACUUUCUUAUGCAGUAUAACAUGGUCACAGAGCAGUGCUUCACCUCGUGCGUUCAGGAUUUGACUUCAAGGUAAAUAUUCUUUCUACUUUGACAUUGUUUUUUAGGUAAAUAAGCGUUUCUACUUUCCCUCUCUUAUUAUUUUACGAUCAUUUUAUGUUAUCUGUGGCACUUAUUGUAUAGCUAUUUUGAGGUUAUUAACUGUUCACAGUGAAGGUUUUUCCAUUUGACUGUUAGGACGACUUAAAAUUCAUAUUGAAGCCUAGAGAGGUUUUGAGACCUCUGAAGUUUAAUGCGAUCUCUGACAGUGUUUUGACCCGUCUUUGCCAUGAAGAAUAUAGAAAGAAAGAAGUCGCGUAGGAUCGGUUGGACCGGGGAGAUUUAAUCGGAUAAGGUAGCACAAAAUUUAAGAUGCCUUUGUUUUCGAAAGCAGUUCGUCCAUAUUUUUCAUUCCUUUACAGUGUUCAGUAUUCAAAGAUUGAUCAGAUUUUUGUGUUUUUUCCCAUUUUUCUUCGAUUACAAUACUGCGUUUUCCCGACGCUGAUUUGUAGUCUAUGCCUCCCACAUAAUUGCAUAAUCCUGCCAGAUUUUGAGGUAGUUCAUUUCAGACAAGUCAGUGAUAAGGAAGAGAGAUGUGCCAAGAAUUGUUUGGAUAAGUACCUCAAGAUGACGCAGCGAUUGUCGAUGAGGUUUCAAGAGCAUCAACUACUCCAAGCCGAGUCCCAAGGGGCGCCAGUUCAGCCUAAGUAG